AUGUUAUCGCCUUUCUUCCUCGUAUUGCUUCUUCUCCCUCUCACUUGUACUACUCAUCAAAUACCCUUGAUACCCAGCCCUGAGAGUUCUGCGGCAAAAGACAAAUUUGGCGCAGAUCCCAUAUUUGCCCGGCAGAGGGCUUCCAAUAUCUUCAACGCCAUCCACUCUUCGAUGCGACAAUGGGGUUCAUCUUUACAGCACAACGGCAUGUCCUAUUUUCCUGCCACAAUCCCAGAAAAUACUCACUUAUAUCAUGGGACUCAUCAGAAGGAGAGAGUGAAGGGAAUGGAAUGGUUGGCCUUCGAGAUCGAGCACGCGGAAGCUUUUGCUCGAUGGGGAGCAUUUAGGCCUCCAAAGAAUAGCUAUGUGCCAGGGUCAUCCGGCGAAUACCUAAAUUCUGAACUGCCAUCCUUCGGGCUUGAUGAAGAUUCAGUCAAGCACCGCUACACACAAACAAUUCCUCCUCCACAGAAUGACCGUCCCAAAGGAUACCUCCAUAUUUACCGAACAACUAGAGACCUCACAAAACUGCUGUAUAUUGAUGGAAUGUCGGCUGGGAAAACUUCUAAUGGUACACUGGAUACCACUGAUAUUGUUCUGAGAAACGAUACCAGACCAAAGAUACCUGUUUGGGGGGAUGUGAAACGCGGAGAAGAUCUUUGCGCGAUAGGACUGGAAUGGGGGGUUGAGGGUUUCAUCCUGAUGGAAGUUGGCUUUGAACUGAUCCUGUGCGAUUUUGAGGAUGGCUUGAUCUUGGAAUCUUCGCGGCAGAAAUCAACUACAAAAGAGUCCGAUAAUAGCAACAUGUGGAGGUUUGAGUGGUUCAGAGGAGUUGCUGCUCGUUAUCAAGGCAUUACUGCUGGAAGAGUUGAACUAGAUGACUCUUCCAUGGUUUCGGCAUAUUUCUAUCCUCUCAACCUCACAAAUCCUGAUGUCUCGCAUUCAGAACAACCAAGACUUGUUUCGUCCGACAAAGAGGGGAUUGUUCGGCUCAAAACAGAUCUGCGUCGCAUUAUCCAAGAAUCACAAUCUCAAAAACAUGUCAAAAUAAACUGGCAAGGAGUUGUCGAUAUGAUUGUUUCUCGGUACACUGAUCGUUUGGUGUUCAUAAAAGCCGAGGGCGCAUCACACGAACAGAUUCUUUCGGUACUGGAAUCUUUGCUGGGUAUUUUUAUUGACUAUGAAAAUCCAAAUAUCGUCGCUGCAGAAAACCUUUGUGCCGUUCACUACCUCACGUCGGUAAUACCGUCAACCUCCCAAGACACCUUAAUCUACGAAGCCCUUCUGACCGUAACGAAACAAAUUUGCAACACACUCUUCGAGGUCCGAAAAUCACUUCUGGAAGCUGAAGAAGACCAGGCAUCUACCGUAGAAGAGGCAAAAUCAAAGAUUGGAAUUCUUGUAGAUUACCUAAACUGGAGUACUUGGCUGGAUUGUGGAAAGUGCGCUUAUGAUGAGGUGUGCUAUGUUGCAGCUUCGCCAUGGGGUCGACCUCAAGACUACUACCAUCCAGGUUGCUUGAAGCACAAUGAGACCUGGGGUCUGGACGGGUAUUGGGAAGACAAAAGAAUUGCUCCUGACAAUCUGUGA